CUUCUGUGGAGAAUCUUUCAAAUCUUUUUGGUCAAAUGGACAUUUCAGGUGGCUCUGGUAGUGUGAGAACAUCGCCUCUUUCAAUGUUUAUAAAGACGGUGGUUGAUAACUCGGAAGUAAUGGUUCGAUUUAUGAAAGAAUUUAGUAGAACUGAACAAGAUAACGUCCAGGAAUGGUUUAAUAGACUGAUGGAGAGUCUCUCUAAUUUGCUUGAUGAAGACAAGGGUCAGGUGUUGAAUUAUAUUCGUAUCCUUAUCCGUCAACAACUAUUGCGAGAGCUUUUUUCAGUGUUUCUUUCAGACGGGUUUUACUUUUAUGUAAUGGCAUAUGAUAGGAGAACUAACCGGUAUAGUGAGCAUACAACUAAUUGUAAGACUGACUUGCGCCUCUUCUGGGUGUUGAUCAAUUACAGCUCGCCUUUUACAACGAUGGUUGGACCUAAGUCUAUUGAUUUCAAGCCGUUACAGGGAGAUUUAACAAGAAUACGCUUAAAGGAAUACUUGGGUAUGGGUUCAUCUUCAAGGGUGUAUAAAAUUGACUGGGAAAAUACUUCAUCGGCCAUAAAGGUUUUUAACAGUGGCUAUGAUCCGAGUAAUGAGGUGAAAGCACUACAAUUCUUGAAUAGGGGUAAUUUCCAGAAUGUUCCAACAUACAUUGCACAUGAUGAUAAUUCAAUAAUUAUUCACCCAGUCUGUGAACGAUUUGGUGAUGGAUUCCAAACAUCUCAUGCUCUACAGCUCCUUCAACUUCUAGAGCUCAUUCAUAAGUGGAAAGUUUAUCAUCGAGAUGUGCGCCCUGAAAACAUCUUAUUAGAUAGUGAUAACAACAGGCUUGUACUUGUCGACUGGGGAUCAGCAAUUCGAAUCACGGAUCGUUAUAAAAAAUACGAGUAUGAAGGGACAAGUACGUUUGCAUCACCAGAUAUUCUAGAAGGAAAUUUUGGUCCUUAUGUACCUAGUGCAUCCGAUGAUUUACAUUCCUUCGUGCGUACGAUGUAUGUCUUAAAUAAUAUAUCAGAAAGGCCAGAUAUUCCCGAGGGGGAUUUGUCAUCAAAAGCACGGGUAAUUAAAGAAUACUGGAACGAUAAACUGGAAGGUCCACUUUGGGCAGAGAUG